AUGAGUUCGUUCGGCUACGACCCGUACUUUUCGACCUCCUACAAGCGGCGCUACGUGGAGACGCCCCGGGUGCACAUCUCCAGCGUGCGCAGCGGCUACAGCACGGCGCGCUCCGCGUACUCCAGCUACUCCGCACCGGUCUCCUCCUCGCUGUCCGUGCGCCGCAGCUACUCGUCCAGCUCCGGCUCGUUGAUGCCCAGCUUGGAGAACCUCGAUCUGAGCCAGGUAGCCGCCAUCAGCAACGACCUCAAGUCGAUCCGCACGCAGGAGAAGGCACAGCUCCAGGACCUCAACGAUCGUUUCGCCAGCUUCAUCGAGCGCGUGCACGAGCUGGAGCAGCAGAACAAGGUCCUGGAAGCCGAGCUGUUGGUGCUGCGCCAGAAACACUCAGAGCCGUCCCGCUUCCGCGCCCUGUACGAGCAGGAGAUCCGCGAUCUGCGCCUGGCGGCGGAAGAUGCCACCAACGAGAAGCAGGCGCUGCAGGGCGAGCGCGAGGGGCUGGAGGAAACUCUGCGCAACCUGCAGGCGCGCUACGAGGAGGAGGUGCUGAGCCGCGAAGACGCCGAGGGUCGGCUGAUGGAAGCCCGCAAAGGCGCCGAUGAGGCCGCGCUCGCCCGAGCCGAGCUGGAGAAGCGAAUCGACAGCCUGAUGGACGAGAUCGCCUUCCUGAAGAAGGUGCACGAGGAGGAGAUCGCCGAGCUGCAGGCUCAGAUCCAGUAUGCGCAGAUCUCCGUGGAGAUGGACGUGUCCUCCAAGCCCGACCUCUCCGCUGCCCUCAAGGACAUCCGCGCUCAAUAUGAGAAGUUGGCUGCCAAGAACAUGCAGAAUGCCGAAGAGUGGUUCAAGAGCCGCUUCACGGUGCUGACCGAGAGUGCCGCCAAGAACACCGAUGCUGUGCGCGCUGCCAAGGAUGAGGUGUCCGAGAGCCGCCGCCUGCUCAAGGCUAAAACCCUGGAGAUCGAAGCAUGCCGGGGUAUGAACGAAGCUCUGGAGAAGCAGCUGCAGGAGUUGGAGGACAAGCAGAACGCAGACAUCAGCGCCAUGCAGGACACUAUCAACAAAUUAGAGAAUGAGUUGAGAAGCACGAAGAGUGAGAUGGCAAGGUACCUGAAGGAGUACCAGGACCUACUCAACGUGAAGAUGGCCUUGGACAUUGAGAUCGCAGCUUACAGGAAACUCUUGGAAGGUGAAGAGACCAGGCUCAGUUUCACCAGCGUGGGCAGUAUAACCAGUGGCUACUCCCAGAGCUCGCAGAUCUUCGGCCGCUCUGCCUACAGUGGCUUGCAGAGCAGUUCCUACUUGAUGUCUGCUCGCUCAUUCCCAGCUUACUACACCAGCCACGUCCAGGAAGAGCAGACAGAGGUGGAGGAGACCAUUGAGGCUGUCAAAGCUGAGGAGGCCAAGGAUGAACCCCCUUCUGAGGGAGAAGCAGAAGAGGAGGAGAAGGAGAAGGAGGAGGGAGAGGAAGAGGAAGGCGCUGAGGAGGAAGAAGCUGCCAAGGAUGAGUCCGAAGACACAAAAGAAGAAGAGGAAGGUGGCGAGGGUGAAGAGGAAGACACCAAAGAAUCCGAAGAGGAAGAGAAGAAAGAGGAAAGUGCUGGGGAGGAGCAAGCAGCUAAGAAGAAAGAUUAA